AUGGAUUAUAAGGAACAAAUCUAUGCACUUAAGCAACUACAAAAAAAGCAACUAGGUGAAGCCAGUAGUUCUGGUUCUUCUAAAAUCAUGGUCCAAAUAAAUGUUUUAUCGAACUGUUUAAGAUCACAACAAAAAGAUAUUGUUCAGUCCAUAGAUGAAUUGAAAAAUCUUUGUGACAUUCACGAUAAAGAUCAAGUGUGUCAGGUUAAUAAUAUGAAUAGGAAUUUUAAAAAUGCAAUAAGGGACUUGAUGGUAGCCAAUUCGGAUUAUCAACAUUCAAUACGCGAUAAUUCUGUUAAGCAGUAUAUGUGCCUAAAUCCAAAAGUAUCUGAAGCGGAAGCUUUGGAUUUUGUGGAAACUCUAAAUGGACAGCAUGUUUCAGUUAUAACAAUGAAAGGUCCUAAAUCAAACGUGGUUCAGACUUAUAAAGGGGUUUCAGCACGUUACAAAGAGUUAAAAGAGUUGGAAAAGUCCGCUGCGGAAUUGAAUCAUCUGGUUGACAGCUUACAUAAUAUUACCGUCACCCAAGACACGCAAUUUCAGGUUAUCAACGAAAAUCUAAAUAGAUCAUCCCUUGAUUUGGAAAGAGGAGAUGCAAAUGUUCUUUCCUCAAUAUCAAGAUCGAGGAAGUCAAAAUUAAUGGGAAGCUGGCUUUUUGUAAUUGUCGUUUUUAUUGCACUUUUAAUGAUAGGUUCUGUAGUCGGCGGACUUGUCAAAUGGAGUAUUUUAUAG